GCGUGCCCGCGCGCCUGCGCAGGGGCGACGGCCGUCUCAGGAAGAGGAACCUGGAAUAAACAACCAGGAGGAAGCGGAGCGCGAGCGGGCGAGAGGAGGCAGAAUUUAAAAAUAAAUCGGGCCCUCCGCCCGCCCCACCCGCCGGCCGCCGCCGCGCCCCCUCCCCUCCGCGCGAGUUUUCCGAGGCGGCCCUCGGGCCCGGGCGACCGGUGCAGCGUCCCGCGCGGCCCCUUUAAGGCGAAGCGCAGAGCGAGCGAGCGAGCGUCCCGGCUCGCCCCCUCCCCUCCCGCCCGCCCCCUCCCCCUCCCUCCUCCCCUCCCCCUCUCCCCGGGCGGCUCCGGCGCCCGCUGCGGGACAGACCCACCCGCCCGGGCUUUCAUCCGGCACCGGCCGCCUCUUCUCCCCUCUCCCGUCUAUGGUGGCGGCGGCGGCGGCAGCAGGCGAGGCUGCGGCGUUGCCAUGAACAGUGGCGGCGGCCUCCCGCCCCCCUCGGCCGCCGCCUCCCCGUCCUCUUCGUCGCUGGCGGCGGCAGUGGCCGUGGUGGCCCCGCCGGGGGUCGGGGGUGUCCCCGGCGGGGCGGCGGCGGCGGCGGGAGUGAAGCUCAAGUACUGCCGCUACUACGCCAAGGAUAAGACUUGCUUCUACGGGGAGGAGUGUCAGUUCCUGCAUGAGGACCCGGCCGCCGGGGCUGCCCCGGGCCUCGGCCUCCAUAGCAACAGCGUCCCCCUGGCUCUGGCCGUGGCGCCCGUGGCCGCCGGCUUUCCGCCGGGAGCGGUGCCGGGCGGCGGAGCCGGGCCGCCUCCGGGGCCCAAGAAGCCGGAGCUGGGGGGCCCCGGGGCCGCAGCGGCCGGCGGCGGCGGAGGCGGCAGCAGCGGGGUGCUCGAUGGACCGCGGCUGGCGAUUCCUGGACUAGAUGGAGGUGCUUUAAGUGAAACAAGUCUCACAGAUUCCUAUUUCAGUACCAGCUUUAUUGGAGUCAAUGGAUUUGGAAGCCCUGUAGAAACAAAGUAUCCCUUGAUGCAGAGAAUGACUAAUAGUAACAGCUCCCCAAGCCUUCUAAAUGAUAGUGCCAAGCCAUAUGCAGGCCACGAUUCUCUAACUUCACCUGCUUCAUCCUUGUUUAAUGACUUUGGUGCCCUCAACAUCUCUCAGAGAAGAAAGCCAAGGAAGUAUCGCCUGGGGAUCCUGGAGGAGAGGCUAGUUUGGAUGGGAUCAAAGGCACGAAAAACAAAGAACCCUAUUGGCUGCCUUGCCGACAGGUGUAAAUCAGGAGUACCCAUCAAUAUGGUUUGUUGGAACAGAGUCACAGAAAACAAUUUACAGACACCAAAUCCUACUGCGAGUGAGUUUGUUCCUAAAGGAGGAUCAACUUCCAGGCUGAGUACCGUGUCCCAGUCAAGUAUGUCUGCCUUCUCUCAAGUUUUCUCUCACCCAUCAAUGGGAAGUCCUGCUACUGCUGGAUUAGCUCCAGGAAUGUCAUUGUCUGCUGGAUCUUCCCCUCUUCAUUCCCCCAAGAUCACUCCACAUACUUCUCCUGCUCCCAGAAGAAGAAGUCACACUCCAAAUCCAGCAAAUUACAUGGUGCCUUCCAGUGCCUCUACACCAGUUAACAACCCUGUCUCUCAGACUCCAUCUUCUGGUCAGGUGAUCCAGAAGGAAACCGUUGGUGGGACAACUUACUUUUAUACAGACACAACUCCAGCACCUUUGACUGGAAUGAGAUCUUUCAAAAAUUAUCACAGAACAGCUUGCCGAACAGAAGGUCAAAUAACUGAGGUAUUUCCAAAUUACCAUAUUUAUCCUCCAACUGCACCUCAUGUUGCUUAUAUGCAACCAAAAGCAAAUGCACCUUCCUUCUUCAUGGCUGAUGAACUCCGGCAGGAGCUGAUCAACAGACAUUUAAUAACAAUGGCUCAAAUUGAUCAAGCAGAUAUGCCAGCAGUUCCUGCAGAAGUCGACAGCUACCAUAGCCUGUUCCCUCUAGAACCACUGCCACCUCCUAACCGGAUACAGAAAUCAAGUAAUUUCGGAUAUAUUACGUCUUGCUACAAAGCUGUAAAUAGCAAAGAUGAUCUGCCAUAUUGCCUUCGGAGGAUACAUGGUUUUCGUCUUGUUAACACAAAGUGCAUGGUGUUAGUUGAUAUGUGGAAAAAAAUUCAGCACUCAAAUAUUGUAACCUUGCGUGAAGUAUUUACCACUAAAGCAUUUGCAGAGCCUUCACUUGUGUUUGCAUAUGAUUUCCAUGCUGGAGGAGAAACCAUGAUGAGCAGACACUUUAAUGACCCUAAUGCUGAUGCUUAUUUCACAAAGAGAAAGUGGGGUCAGCACGAUGGACCAUUGCCCAGACAGCAUGCUGGAUUGUUGCCAGAAUCUCUUAUUUGGGCUUAUAUUGUUCAACUAAGUUCUGCCUUGCGAACUAUUCAUACAGCUGGCUUGGCAUGUCGAGUCAUGGAUCCAACAAAGAUUCUGAUAACUGGCAAAACAAGGUUGCGAGUAAAUUGUGUUGGAGUUUUUGAUGUUUUAACAUUUGAUAACAGUCAGAAUAAUAACCCAUUGGCAUUAAUGGCUCAGUACCAGCAAGCAGAUCUGAUAUCAUUAGGAAAAGUUGUGUUGGCUUUGGCUUGCAACUCUUUGGCAGGAAUUCAGCGAGAAAAUUUACAGAAAGCCAUGGAACUGGUGACAAUCAACUACUCCUCUGACCUGAAGAAUCUGAUUUUGUAUUUGUUGACGGACCAAAACAGGAUGCGGAGUGUAAAUGACAUCAUGCCCAUGAUUGGUGCUCGAUUUUAUACUCAGUUGGAUGCUGCUCAAAUGAGAAAUGAUGUCAUAGAGGAAGACCUUGCAAAGGAGGUUCAAAAUGGAAGACUGUUUAGGCUUCUAGCAAAAUUGGGAACAAUCAAUGAGAGGCCGGAAUUUCAGAAGGACCCUACCUGGUCAGAGACUGGAGACCGUUAUCUGUUGAAACUCUUUAGAGAUCAUCUUUUUCAUCAGGUGACUGAAGCGGGUGCUCCCUGGAUUGACCUCAGUCAUAUCAUUUCCUGUCUUAACAAGUUGGAUGCUGGUGUGCCAGAAAAAAUAAGCCUCAUAUCCAGAGAUGAGAAGAGUGUACUUGUGGUGACUUACAGUGACUUAAAGCGCUGCUUUGAAAAUACUUUUCAAGAACUGAUUGCAGCUGCAAAUGGUCAGUUGUAGUAUUUGCUUUAAAGAAACAAAAAGAGAAGAAGAAAGAAAGAAGCACGCUAGACAUGGCUGAGGAAGUUAACCAAUAGCAAAUUGCACUACAGCUGAACUGUUCCAUCAUCUCAUUUCACAUUUGGGAAACAAACAGGAGAUGCGCAAAGCUGCUUGCACUUCAGUCAGGUACACUGUUACUGCAAGGAAGAAUGUUUCACUUAGCCCAGUGCCGUGGCUGCCGUGGGGGCCAGAUCUGUGAAGAAUUUAGAUUAAGGAGCAACAGUAGGUGAUGAUGUUCCAGCUUUCAUUUUUUCCACUUGUAUAUGCACUAAUUUUUUAAUUUUUUAUGACAUUUUUUCUGAUCUUUGAACUUUUGCCACAUUGUAUACUUACUAAGGGGAACUCUUUGCAAGAAUAUUUUUUUGGGGAAACAAUGCCAGGCAGCGUUUUUGUCACUGGGGUUUGCAGAAUAUGCUCUUUUGGAGGUGGGUUGCCCUGAGUAAUAUAAUGGACCAGGUAAAUAUUUUCACAGAAGUACGGUAUCGUGUAUAACUCUUAAAGAGUAUUGUAUGCAAGCUCUGUAUGUCACCCACUGUUAGUUCAAAUUGAGAUUUUGGGUUUUGGUUUGUUUUUCAGACACAGAGAAAUAUCAGUGAAUUGUUGGCUAUGACUUCCCCUAUUGAUUUAAAUUCUUCUGGAUAGGAUUGGAUAAACAGAAAUGGAAGGAGCACAAAGAGCUGUUUGCUCCAGGUGCAAAUGGAACCUUUUUUCUUUUCUUUUUUCCAAAAAAAGGUGUUUCCCUAGUGAGAUACAUUUACAUUUAUGCAACUAUUUUUUUUAUCAGAAAAAAAUUUGUUUAAAGGCCUGAAGUGCAGGGUUUAUAUUGCUUUAGGUUAUUUUCAGUUUGCUUUCUGUAUAAAGUUCUGUUCUUUAAACCACAGCUUUAUUAUGGUACUUUACACUGGAUACAGACACAGAGACACUGUUCAGAAGAUGAAAUAAACACAGCAGUGGUCUGGCAUCAAGAGCUUUCUGAAGUUUUACAGCCUGAAUCUGGAGGGAUAACAAUCUGCUGUGCCUUUGCAGUCACUGCUUAGCCCAAAGUAAUAGUACUUUUGAUAUUAACUUAAACUCUGUGGGAUAUUCCUGAAUAAGUCAAUCUAAAGUGUGGAAUUUCCUCCUCUUAACUUUCUUAAUAUUUGGACGUGCAGUUGUCGCCAAACCUGGGUAUUCAUGGAAUUUCUAAUUAAUGAAAUACCUAUACUUUGAUACUGAAGACUGCCAAAUACAUAGGAAUUUUUUUUCUUAAAAAAACGAAAACAAAAAACAAACCAGUAAUGAAGACUCUAUCUCCUUUCCCAGCACUGAAUGUUUUACUAGCACUGGGUGCUCACCCUGCAACUAUGAAGAAAAUGUGGAAACGCAAAAGGUCAGGAAAGACUUCCAAGCACUUGCAACUGAUGUUACAGUCUUCAAUUUUAAUAAUUAGACAUAUUUGUAGUUUUCAGAGAAGUUUUUAAUAUUUCUCUGUCCACUUUUUAUAAGCUUUAAGAUGAUUUUUUCUGCCUUGAGAUUUGCAUCAAGAAAAAGCACCUCUCUUCACCUGAAAGCUUUGAAGACCAGAGACAGGACACGCUUUACACAUUUUAACAAGCGUGUUUGAGUCCACGUUUCGUAGCAUCAGUUGUUAAGUUAAAAAAGAAAAUCAAUUACUGCAUUUGAUUUGGAUGGAUUUUUUUUAAAAAGCAUAAUGUUCAAUAUUCCAAGGAUAAUUAACAUUUGCCACCAUAAUGUUCUUUUUUUAUGUGAAAGGAACAAGAACUUGGAGACAUUAACAUGCAAAGUCUUUUACCAUUAGCUCAUGUAUUUGAGGAAGAGCAGCUGUCUUUUUAUAUGUUUUUUGACAAAUCAUAUUGUAAUUCUUUUGUACAAAAAAGAAAUACUUGUAUUCUAGAAGAAAUAUGAAAUGCUUAAUUUAUAAGCGGGCUGGAGAUUUUUUCCAAUAUUGUUUUCUUUGAAAAUGAAAGGGGAUCAUCUAUUUUAGUUUUGGGGUCUGGGAACUUUAUGAAAAUUUAAUUUGUGGACCAACGUUUUGUGAAAGCUAAGGAAGGGCAGGGGUAAAAUAGGGCUUGAAUUUCUCCUUCUGUAUAGACCAGCGAACUUCCUCUGCAAGGCAGGUUCAAAUCACAAACCCAGAAUGUUUGCAUCACAAAUGCUAGUUUGCUUCAAUCCCUAGUAACCUCAGGACUUGGUUUGAAUAUAAAAGGUAGACAGCUGAUACGUUUUUCUUGAGUAAAUAUUGUCAACAAGAAAACAGUUGGGGUCAGGUAAUACAUAUUUUUUUAAGCUUUGUUUUAUAUUUAUUUUUCAUUUAGUUUUUAUUGGGAAUGGUUUUCGAUAGAACUCAGUUCUGCUUAGGUGUUUUUUAGGGGAGCCCUCUUUUCUGUAGUGUAAUUCCACUUAAGAGGUUGUCUGAAUGUUAGUCUUUUUAAUUCAUAGGAAGAUUUUAAUAUCCAAGUAGAGUCAAAUUAAGGCCGUAAACUUCUUGUAUCUUCCUGUUCUGACAGAUCAAAGCACAGAAAGGACAACUCUUGAAAUCAUGUAACACUGGUCAUUUCAAUUUUUUGUACCUAUUCUAUUAGUGCAUUUACAUCAUUGUAAAUAUUUUUGAGGGUACCUUUUGCUUUUUGACCUUGGUUUUGUGAUUUGGGUGUCAACAACUUCCCUAAAAAGCACCGGUAUGUUAAAUUCUAAUGUCCUGAUCCCAACAUGGGUUAUUCAUCUUUAAUCCUGUUUUCAGUCUCUAUGUGUACAGCAGUAUUUUUAAUAAAGAAUUACAGAGAGAAACGUGUCCUUUCUUUGU